AUGAUCAACAAAAAGGGAACGCCUUUACCCCCAGAGCAACCGCACAACCGCGAGGUGGAUCCGACAAAACAUCAUCCCCAGCCUGAUCAGGCCAAGCGGAAUGCAAAGGUAUUCACCAUGUAUAAGGGAAAAGACAAGAAGAUACAUCCGGUUGACGACCAACCGUCUGACGGAUCAACCCCUGACGGCGAUCCCCUCUGGAAAGUCAAGAACCUGGCUGAAGCCGAAAAGACAAUGCAACCCGAUGAGGGACCGUUCCGAGGCCUGAUCAGGCCUAAGUAUUCAAGUAUUGAGCCGUAUUCACGCCUCAAGCCAGACAGAUUGGCGGCCAUCAUGGAUACACUGGGUCAUCUCCUACCCCGCGAGAAGGACCUAUUCCUCCAAGUCCUUCUGAACCGCGAAAAUGCUCUCGCUUGGGACUUCUCCGAAAACGGCGCGCUUGACCCGAAAGUUGCCCCCCACAGGUGA